CCCCCUUAUAUAUUUAUAUAUAGUGACCCCCCCAGGACAUGUGAUGGGGGAGUUGCACAUAGUCGGGCCCCAGAGCAGCACUGAGUCUCCUGUCGGUAACUGCCCCUUGGGGGGGAGGAGCUUUAGUUAUUCCUAUUUAUUUGCCCUAUUUCAUUCUGUACUGGGUUUCCAUUGUUAUCAGAUUCCCAACAACCAUUGGCCAACCAGGAUGGAUCAUCUGAGAAGGAUGUGGCCAAUCAUUUGCCUCCUAAACCUGCCAAUAACAGCACAGGCAGAGUGGGAGGAGCCCCGGGACCCGGCGGGCGAGGCCUUUGAUGACCAGUACCUUGGCUGUAGGACCCAAAUGGACCUUCUGAUGGAUGAGAUCCUGGAGGCUGAGAAGUCUGAGAAUAAAUUGCUCCGGAGAGCGUGGAGAGAAGCAGAGAACGUAUGGAACCAGCAGAAGAAGAGGAAGGUUCUGUUGGACCUGCCGGACGGGUUUCGGGACAGUCAUGGAGUUGCCCUGGUGGCAUAUUCUGGAUUUAUUAAAACCUACUUUAAUGCGGCUGUAAGCUCUGCAGGCGAGUCCCAUCAGUUCUACAUGGAGCGGUUCCGCUACAAGUCCCUCCAUUUCUACCUGACUGUGGCUGUGCAGCUCCUGUCUGGGGGGUGCAAACGGGUCAGGACCGUAUUCUCUGGAACCGAUUCGGCCCAUUCCGCCCCCAACGCCACAGCCCAAUGCGCCAGGUUUGGCCACUUUCUCUCUGGCUACACCGAGAGGCAACAAGCAGCCGCCUUUGCAACCGGAACCGUCUUUACUAUCCGGAGCUGCUACGGGGUCCAAUUGGAACGGUUCUCCCAGUUCCCCCAGGAAGGAGAGGUUCUGGUCCCAGGGUACGAGUUGUUCCGUGUGUCCCAGUCUAAGGAGCCUAAUGAGUUUACUUUCACAAGUUCUAGGAGAACCUUCAGCAACUUCAACUGUGCCUUAAUUGGAGACAGGAAGUCCCCCCUGAACCCGCCAGAGCAAUGCUCCUCCUCUUCCUCCUCCUCCAUCUCCUCCGGUACAACGGGAAGGAUCCUCCGUGCAACUACAACUCUCCUCAUCCUGAGUCUCUGCGCUGUGCCCUGGGUAUAGAGCCCCCCUGCGCCCUGGGUAUAGAGCCCCCCUGCGCCCUGGGUAUAGAGCCCCCCCGCGCCCUGGGUAUAGAGCCCCCUCCGCGCCCUGGGUAUAGAGCC